GUUCUGCCCCCUUCCUUCGCAUCGAAACAAACCCUCCGUCUCCAAAAGAGAGCCCAAUCCUAAAUUCCCAAUCCCUCAAAGGAAGGAGGAUUCUUCAGCGUCUCGCUUGCCGGCCCCGAAUCGCAGUCGCCGCCCGGAUCCGAGGAAACAAGUCGUCGUCUUGCUCCACCGUCCGCCCGCCGCCAUGAGCUUCAUCUUCGGCAAGAAGAAGACUCCUGCUGAGCUGCUGCGGGAGAAUAAGCGGAUGCUGGACAAGUCCAUCCGGGAGAUUGAGAGGGAGAGGCAGGGCCUGCAGGCCCAGGAGAAGAAGCUCAUCAACGAGAUCAAGAAGGUGGCCAAGCAGGGUCAGAUGGGAGCUGUAAAAAUUAUGGCAAAGGAUCUUAUCCGCACAAGACACCAAAUCACAAAAUUCUAUGCACUCAAGUCCCAGCUACAAGGUGUAUCUCUACGUAUUCAGACUCUGAAAUCAACACAAGCCAUGGGUGAAGCCAUGAAGGGUGUGACAAAAGCCAUGGGGCAGAUGAACCGACAGAUGAAUCUGCCUGCCCUGCAGAAGAUCAUGCGGGAGUUUGAGAUGCAAAACGAGAAGAUGGAGAUGGUUAGUGAAGUGAUGAACGACGCCAUCGAUGAUGCCUUGGAGGGCGAUGAGGAGGAGGAAGAGACAGAGGAGCUGGUUAGUCAAGUCCUUGACGAAAUUGGCAUCGAUAUCAACUCAGAGCUUGUCAAGGCUCCUGCAACUGCAGUUGCGAAGCCCGUCGCAGCGGGGAAAGUUCCUGCUCAGGCUGAAGCCGCAGGUGGGCCAGAUGGCGGCAUAGAUGAUGACCUGCAGGCGCGGCUCGAUAACCUCAGGAAGAUGUGAUCACUGGCUGGAGCCUAACAAAACAUAUCCACACGCUUUGUUUGUAGUUUUGUACCAUAAAAAUAUAGCCAUUUAUUAUGGCAAUCUUCUUUUUCGUAUCUGAGUUGCAGAGUGUUUGGCAUUCUGUCCAUUGUACAUAUAAUAAUAUAUUUAACACCAUGCACUAGGCCGUGCGUUCUGUUCCCAAGUUCCGAUGCCAUGGAGUGCAUUCUGGUCGUGUUUC